UUGACAUUCCGGGGAUCGGUCAGUGGGUGAAGGGUGAAGGGUGAAGGGCUCAAGUGAAUUCAAUGGUGUCCCUGUUUCAGGAGACAGCCCUGGUCAGGGAACAAUCAUCUAGCUUUCCUUUUCUUUUUAUCUUCUGACUGCCCAACUCAAUGCACCAUCCACCAUCCACCGUGACAGCGGCGGACGACCAACACUGUGCAGGAUGCAGUGGACGUGCAGUUGCAAUUCCCAUGCCCCCAUCUUGUUGCUGCUGCUAGCGUUGCUGCUCCUUCUCAACAGCAACACCGUCUCCGCCCAUCCACUCCGCCGCCGCCGCAGCAGCCCUAGCCCCAGCAGCAACAACAACAACAACUGGCUCCCCAACCCUUUAAGCCUGGGUCAAGAUGCCACCGCAGCCCUAACCUGGCUCGACCACAGCGCCAACCAACUCAGCAACAACGUCGUCCACGGCCUCAACUCCGCCCUCCCUCCUGACCCCAACACUCUUCCCUCGCCUCCCUCACCUCCCCCACCCCCGUCCACCACCUCCCCCGACAAAAACUACGGCAUCGCCUACUCCCCCUACACCGCAGAGGGGACCUGCAAACCCGCCGCGCAAAUCACCCACGACCUGGCCCAGCUCACCGGCUACGCCCUCGUCCGCAUCUACGGCACCGACUGCGACCAAACGCGCCUCGUCCUGUCCGCGGCCCGGGGCCUCGGCCUGCAGGUCUUCGCCGGCCUCUUCGACCUCCGCCACUUCCCCGACGAUCUGGCGCUCAUCAUCGCCGCGGUCGGCGGCGACUGGGGCGCUAUCCACACGGUCGCGAUCGGGAACGAACUCCUCAACAGCGGCCAGAACACCGCCGCCGAGGUGGUGGGCGCCGUGCAGGCGGCGCGCGCCACGCUGCGUGCCGCCGGGUACCCCGGCCCCGUCGUCGCGGUCGACACGGUGGCGGCGCAUCUGGCCAAUCCCGCCGUGUGUGCGGCCAGUGAUUAUUGCGCGGCGAAUUGUCAUGCCUUCUUUGACGAGGAGGUCGAGGCCGCGGGCGCGGGGGCGUUUGUGAGGGGCCAGGUGGGCAAGUUACUCGAGAUGAUGGAGGGGGAUGGGGAUGGGGAUGGGGCUGGUGAUACGGGUCAACGCAAGAAGGUGGUUAUCACGGAAAGCGGAUGGCCGCAUGCUGGCCAGCCGAAUGGGAAGGCCGUGCCCUCGUUGGAGAAUCAGCGCGCUGCGGUGCGGAGCUUGAGGGAGGCGUUUGCGCGGUCUGGUGCUGGUGCUGGUGCUGAUGCUGACCCAAAGAAUGGGGAAGAGGAUGGCGAGGUAGGGCUGGUGCUGUUCUCCUCGUUCGAUGAUCUCUGGAAGGUGGAUAAUGGGUAUACCUUUGGGGCGGAGAAGUUCUGGGGGAUCCUGGGGCAUUAACUCCCCCUGUUGGUCUUCAUACCUACUCUGAGGGGAUGAGGAAGGAAGGGUGAUAUCAUGCUGGGUUUCAUGAUACUGUUUCUAUUGCUUGCUCGAUGUUUAGGGCUGCGUGUUUUCUCUGGUGUGUAUGAUAUGAUAUGAUUAUGGUUGGUUGCUUGUGGAAGUCAUGAGGAAUGAGGACUGUAUGUAUAAGUUAUGAUAUCUAUCUCAAGUUUCCUCGCUUGAAG